CGAGAGUUUUCUCUUUUCUUCCAUCUUCUUCUGUCCCUCUUCUUUACUCGGGCACUUUGGUGAUGGCAACGAACCAAUAUGGCCGAGAAAUCCUUCUUUACGAGAUCUUUCAUUGGAAGGAACAUCGUCUUUGGUAGCUCGCGGCCCUCGACGUGGACAUUGACCGAAAAGUUGAGCGAGGAAGUUUUUCAAAAAGAUCGAAUCUCCUCCCAGAACUCUGGCAUCAUUUCAGUUUCUCAUGGAACAUUUCACUGCAGAAACGUCCAUGAUCACAGUGAUACGGCAAUGAUAAAAAUCAUCAUGCAGAUCCCAUACGCAGCAUCUGAGCUCGAAUAUUCUCAGUAUAGAGCACAACAGGCCUCCAACGAAGUUCCCUUUCUCGAACAGUGGGAAAUCGAUGCUCGCAAAAAGCUAGCUAUCAACAAAUGCACAUCCACACACACACUGCACAACGUGAAGUUCGAAACACAAGGAACAAACGGCUCAGUCCCGGGUGGAUUCAUCGUCUACAUGCGACUCGAGGCAGUACCUUGAGUUCGUCUUGGAUACAUCGAGAUGGAUGAUGGGUCAGAAUUUUCUGAGUAUUGGAAAUCGUCUUCAUCAGUGAAGGAGGAUAUUCGACAAGCAUUCAAGGUUGCUCGGCAAGGGAUUGUGUCAAAGCCGGGAUUACCCCUUGUUCAUGGGACCUUGGAUGUCUCAUAUGGGACGCAAGAUCAAAGAGAAUUUACAUCGAUGGUCUCGAGUCCUCGGACCCCGCAAGCCCUGAAGACACUUGGUUACGAUGAUCUAUGGUUUGCAUGGGGUCUUUUAGAAGAAUCAGGGGAAAUGUGACGCCAGUUAUUAGAGAAAGUAAUAAAUCUGAUGCCAGAGUGGCUCUUAGCUUUAUCCUAGUUCCUCUUUGC